GUCGUGAUUGCCUGAGAAACAAUGCAUGCAGCACAAUGGAAUCGCUGUCUGUGUAUCACGGGGCCAUCAGCCGAGAGACCUGCGAGAUGCGUCUGUGUGAAGCGGGCAAAGACGGCAGCUAUUUAAUUCGAGACAGUGAGAGCGUUCCCGGCGCAUACUGCCUCUGCGUUCUGAGUAAUGGUUUCGUCUUCACAUACCGGCUCCAGAGAGACGCGGCGGGCUCCUGGGCGGCCGAGACAGCACCAGGCCAAACUAAACGCUUGUUCCGAAAGGUCAAGAAUUUGAUAAGCGCCUUUGAGAAACCGGACCAGGGCAUCGCCGUUCCUCUCCUGUACCCCGUGACUGUCCAGAAGUCCUGCUAACGUUCCUCAUGACCAUCAGCUGUGCACCUACAGAACAAACUACAUGCAUGUGGACAAUCUCACUGUAUGAUCACACUUUUUUACACAUGUGGAUUUCUGUACAUAUAAAAGGAUUUGUAUAAAAGGAAAAACAAAAACCUAAUUAUGUAAAGGGUUUUUUUUUUGUUUUUUUUGGGGAACUGAGAAAGCCUCAUCUAAAUUGUUUUAAAUACUGAGAUCAAUGGUCAACAAAUAUGAGUUUUAAUCCUAUUCUUGAACUAUUAACCCUGUGACAUGCGUUUAUUUAGGUGUAUUAUCAUUACAAAACUGACCAAUAAAGUGCUGCAUUAUUUAAUUCUAA